AUGGCUAGAUUCUUUCUCAAGAAAGUACUAGGGGUCCGGAACUUCUCAAUGGUCACUUGGAUUGAAGGCUCAAAAAGGCAGGGAACUCGGAAACUCGCCACUGCAGCUUCUUUGCCAACUCCACCUGGCUUCGUCGUCCGAGAGGCCAAAUACAGCGAUGCAAAAGAGCUUACACGAUUGUGGUUCUCUUCACGCAAUUUAGUUUUCAAGCCCGAUACCAAAACUUCUCAAUGGUGGGACGACGUCUGGAAACUAGGGAUCCAGGCCGGCCGAGACGUUGUUAAGACCUUUGUUGUCGAGGACAAAGACAAUAAUAUUGUCGCAUUCUCUAGAUGGAAUGUGCCACAACCACGAAAAGCUCGGAAAGAAGUCCCGAUACCAGAUUUCCCAGAUGAGCGGGGGGUUGAAUUUACGGAGGCACUCUUCAGCAACAAUUCACGGAAUAGAGAGAAUAUUAUGGGCAACAGGCUUCAUUGGGGUAAGCUACCUGAUUGCAGAUAA